AGUGUCGGGAGGCUCGGGUUGCAGGCUCUGGGGCGAUAUCGCCUGUCAGUCGGUGGGUCGGUCUUCCCGCCGGCCUUCCCCCUCCCGGUUCUCCGCGGGAGGCGCGGUGGAGUCCGCCCCCGGGAUCCCCCGAUGGGGGAGAAGCGGCGACGGCGGCAGCGGAAUAACCGAGCCGGAGCGUGAGCGGCCCCGGGGCCCCGUUCCUGGCGGAGGCCAUGGGCGACCCAGCCCCCGCCCGCAGCCUGGACGACAUCGACCUGUCCGCCCUGCGGGACCCUGCUGGAAUCUUUGAGCUGGUGGAGGUGGUCGGCAAUGGAACCUACGGGCAGGUAUACAAGGGGCGGCAUGUCAAGACCGGGCAGCUGGCUGCCAUCAAGGUCAUGGAUGUCACGGAGGAUGAGGAGGAAGAGAUCAAACAGGAGAUCAACAUGCUGAAAAAAUACUCUCACCACCGCAACAUCGCCACCUACUACGGGGCCUUCAUCAAGAAGAGCCCCCCUGGGAACGACGACCAGCUCUGGCUGGUGAUGGAGUUCUGUGGUGCUGGUUCUGUGACAGACCUGGUGAAGAACACAAAAGGGAACGCCCUGAAGGAGGACUGUAUUGCCUACAUCUGCAGGGAGAUUCUCCGGGGUCUGGCCCAUCUCCACGCCCACAAGGUGAUCCACCGAGACAUCAAGGGGCAGAAUGUGCUGCUGACAGAGAAUGCCGAGGUCAAGCUAGUGGAUUUCGGGGUGAGCGCACAGCUGGACCGCACCGUGGGCAGGCGGAACACUUUCAUCGGGACCCCCUACUGGAUGGCCCCCGAGGUCAUCGCUUGCGAUGAGAACCCUGACGCCACCUACGAUUACAGGAGUGACAUUUGGUCUUUAGGAAUCACAGCCAUCGAGAUGGCAGAGGGAGCCCCCCCUCUGUGUGACAUGCAUCCCAUGCGAGCCCUCUUCCUCAUCCCCCGGAACCCGCCACCCAGGCUCAAGUCCAAGAAAUGGUCUAAGAAGUUCAUCGACUUCAUUGACACGUGCCUCAUCAAGACUUACCUGAGCCGCCCACCGACGGAGCAGCUGCUCAAGUUCCCGUUCAUCCGCGACCAGCCCACUGAGCGGCAGGUCCGCAUCCAGCUCAAGGACCACAUUGACCGAUCUCGGAAGAAACGAGGCGAGAAAGAGGAGACAGAAUAUGAGUACAGUGGCAGCGAAGAGGAAGACGACAGCCAUGGAGAGGAAGGAGAGCCAAGCUCCAUCAUGAAUGUGCCGGGGGAGUCGACCCUCCGCCGGGAAUUCCUCCGGCUCCAGCAGGAGAACAAGAGCAACUCGGAGGCUUUAAAGCAGCAGCAGCAGCUGCAGCAGCAGCAACAGCGAGACCCAGAGGCGCACAUCAAGCACCUGCUGCACCAGCGGCAGCGGCGCAUCGAGGAGCAGAAGGAAGAGCGGCGGCGGGUUGAGGAGGAGUAUAUCCGUCACAGGCUAGAGGAGGAGCAGCGACAGCUCGAGAUCCUUCAGCAACAGCUGCUCCAGGAACAGGCCCUACUGCUGGAAUACAAGAGGCAGCAGCUGGAGGAGCAGCGGCAGUCGGAGCGCCUGCAGAGGCAGCUGCAGCAGGAGCACGCCUACCUCAAGUCCCUGCAGCAGCAGCAGGCCCUGCCCGCGGACAGGAAGCCCCUGUACCAUUACGGUCGGGGCGCUAACCCUGCCGACAGACCGGCCUGGGCCCGAGAGGUAGAAGAGAGAACGAGGAUGAACAAGCAGCAGAACUCUCCCUUGGCCAAGACCAAGCCAGGCAGCACAGGGCCUGAGCCCCCCGUCCCCCAGGCCUCCCCUGGGCCCCCAGGACCCCUUUCCCAAACUCCUCCUAUGCAGAGGCCGGUGGAGCCCCAGGAGGGACCACACAAGAGCCUGGUGGCACACCGGGUCCCACUGAAGCCAUAUGCAGCGCCUGUACCCCGAUCCCAGUCCCUGCAGGACCAGCCCACCCGAAACCUGGCUGCCUUCCCAGCCUCACACGACCCCGACCCCACCGUGCCCGCACCCACUGCCACGCCUAGUGCCCGAGGAGCCGUCAUCCGCCAGAACUCAGACCCCACUUCCGAAGGGCCUGGCCCCAGCCCGAACCCCCCAGCCUGGGUCCGGCCUGAUAAUGAGGCCCCUCCCAAGGUGCCUCAGAGGACUUCAUCUAUCGCCACUGCCCUUAACGCCAGUGGGGCUGGAGGGUCCCGGCCAGCCCAGGCUGUCCGUGCCAGACCUCGCAGCAACUCCGCCUGGCAAAUCUAUCUGCAAAGGCGGGCCGAGCGGGGCAACCCCAAGCCUCCAGGGCCCCCUGCUCAGCCCCCUGGCCCGCCCAACGCCUGUAGUAACCCUGACCUCAGGAGGAGCGACCCUGGCUGGGAGCGCUCGGACAGCGUCCUCCCCGCCUCUCACGGGCACCUGCCCCAGGCUGGCUCACUGGAGCGGAACCGGGUGGGAGCCUCCAAACUGGACAGCUCCCCCGUGCUCUCCCCUGGGAACAAAGCCAAGCCCGACGACCACCGCUCGCGGCCAGGCCGGCCCGCAGAUUUUGUGUUGCUGAAAGAGCGGACCCUGGACGAGGCCCCCCGGCCUCCCAAGAAGGCCAUGGACUACUCGUCAUCCAGCGAGGAGGUGGAGAGCAGCGAGGACGACGAGGAGGAGAGCAACGGGGAACCGUCAGAGGGGAGCAGAGAUACCCCUGGGGGCCGCGAUGGAGACACAGACAGCGUCAGCACCAUGGUGGUCCAUGACGUGGAGGAGAUAGCCGGCACCCAGACCCCCUAUGGGGGUGGCACCAUGGUGGUCCAGCGCGGCAGCAGGGAAAAGAGGGAGUGA